GCAGAUACCCACUAGUACUAAAUGGAGGCUGUUUGAAACAACCGAGCGGCUUGCUGUGGUGGAAAAGUUAAAAGCAUCCGAUGAUAUUGCCUUUAAUUGCCUGCUAAUAACGGUAGUCAAGAGCGGUCAGUAUGGAUGGUGGCGCUGACGGUGCUGGGCAAGUGGAGAAAGAGAGCUCAUCCCCUCCAGCUGAAACACAGUCUCCUAUCAUGGACCGUAACCCAUCACCACCCCCAGACGCAGCAGAUGGAGCGGAGGACGAAGAUGUGGAUGCCAUUGGAGACACUGUUUACAGCAAGCACUGGCUUUUUAGCACCCUGACUCAUCUCAUCCAUAUGGUCACAGAGCAUUCAGAAGAGCGCUGUGAAGGUCCAAUGCAGCUAUCUGAUGAUGAGGAGGAAGACUUGUGCAGAGUGUGGGAUAUGGCAAUGGAUAAGGAUGUGGCUGGUUUUCUGCAGGAAUUUAAAGCUGCAGAUAUUCUUCUAGGAGUGAUUUCCAAAUCACGUUGUCCACGACUUACAGAAAUUAGUGUGGGAAUCCUUGGGAAUAUUUCGUGUUUUCCUGAAACUUGUAUGACUUUGAGCCAAAAUGAGGACUUGGGGUCUGUGGUGCUGCUGCUUCUGGGAGAUACCGAUCCUCCAACACUGCUGGAAACAAGCAGAUUGCUGCUGACCUGUCUUUCUCAGAAAGAUGUCUGUUCACUGUGGCUUCAGCGAAUACGACAGCACACAUCUGUGCGCUCCAAUCUCUGUUUCAUCAUGUGCAGCUCCACCAAUACGGAUCUGCUUGAGAAGGUGGGAGAACUAGUUGACAAAUUGUUUGACCUUGAUGAAGAGUUAAUGAAGAGUUGGAUCACAGCUCAGCCUGAUGAGGAGCAGGGGGAUGAUGGUGAAAGCCAUCUGGAGAUGACCUCAUGUCUUCUUGAAGCAGCCAAGCAGCUCAGAUCAGAGAGUCCGAAUGGCCUAGAGGUUUACCUUCAUAUCCUCCAGUUACUUACAACUAUAGAUGAGGGGAUUCAGGUUUUUGCUGCUUCUGAUGGACCGGGGAAAUCUGUGUGGGAGUUUGUCUGUGACGUCGUGUGUGAGGACCUCUGCCAACCAAAUGAUCUUCCAGUUGUACUGCAUGAACAGAAAAGCAUUCUGGUCCAAGCACUUGCUGUGCUGCAGGCUCUUUAUAAAUGUCACGAUGAGUGGUGCAGCAAAAGUGACAGAAGUUUGCCUCUCAUUGGGAGCAUCUUGCGGGUAUGCCAGUACCAAAAUGAGUGCAAAGACGGCAGUGCAAACAAAGAAGAUGAAAAAGAUGAGCACCUCGAGACUGUUGCAGAGAUCACAGCAGAGUUUUUGGCUGACCUCUUCAUUCACAUUCAAAAGGACACAGUUGCAGAUUUGGUGAAGAAAGUUUACCUCACAGAGAAAACCUGCCUCGCAGCUGCUGCCACUUUACUUCCCAAGUUUAAGAAUUCAUUUCAGCACCUGCAGACCAUGUUGUCAGAGGCUGAUCUCCAGUUGGCAGAUGUGAUAAGGACACAGUGUCCCGUCUGAAGCACCCUGCAGAUCAGUGUUCAGCACUCAUUCAGACUCUCACCUCUGCUUUUUAUAGCAGCCAGUAUUUCCUCUCCAAAGAUCCUGCUUCAAAACGAGCUAUUUGCAUUUCCACUGGAAGGACAACAUCACGAAUGGCAAACUGUCAUGUAUUUGAAUAUUGUAAGCUACUUUUAAGUUAAGUCUGGAAAAUUAAAGUUUGGGGUUGUUGUUUUUUUUAAGCCUUUUUUAAGAAUACUAUUUUUGUAUUUAAUUACAGACAGUGUUUAAUUAAAAGUAAUUUGUCUUUAAGCCUUUUUUAGUGUUUUUUCAUGUAGAAAUUGCAAAAAAAGAGCUGAAUAAUCUGCAAUGAGGAAUUCAAGUCAUUAUUAAUACUACGUUCUGAUUCCAGACUCUUUAGGAAUAAAGUAUUUUUCUUAACAUUCAGCUUCAGUCAACACAAUUUAGAGCUUUUAAGACAGCCAACUGGCACUAAAAUUUAAUAAUGUCAAACCACAAUUUUAAGUGUUUUUUUUAUAUAAGGUAGUAGUUAUAUAUUUGGUUAUAAGUAAAUGAACUCACUUUGGUUAUUUAAAUGCUUCUGACUGGAGAAAAUAUCUUCUCACAGGCUGAGAAAAGAAAUUUCUAACCAAACAUUAACAAACCUGUAUGCUUACUUCUAAAAUACUUCGAAAUGCACUGUUAAAUAUUCUAAAUGUAUGUAUAUUUGAUUAAUUCUAGAUUUUUAUCUAAUUAAAUUUAAAAAAUAUAAAUAUUUAUUUAAGAUAAAACUGAGAUAAGUGUAUGGGCUCACCUUUUUAAGCAUAUGAGUAAUGAUGCUAAUGCUGAUGACAACAUCAAGUGUUUACCAGAGGGUGACAGUCACUCUUGUAAGGACAAAAAAAUUAGAUGAAAGGCUUGAGCCUGGCAACAAUGAACUCAUUUGGUUUCCAAAUACCCCAUUUCGCCCACUCAUGGAGAAGAGCAAGAGAACCUGCGCAUUUCCAGCAAAGCUCAGGAAGGCUCUGUGAAUAUAGCAGCUUUUUAAUUAAAGCUUGGAUUGAUGUGAACGCUCUUUCUAAUGGAAAUCCCGAGUGUACGUGAGACAGAUCGCCCUAUGUGGGGGGAGAAAACACAGAACAAAACACGUGUUUGAGCGUCAGCUACACCCAUGAUCCACGUAGGUUGAGGUAACCAGUGUCUUGAUCUAGACGUCAUGACCUGUUUGUGCUGUAAAUGGCUAGAGUGUAAUCACGCUUGGCCUGUCAAGCUUGCUUGUAGCCAGUGACUUGCACUGUGCUCGCUACUCUGUCUCGGAGCCUCGCUUCCAGGCGUGUCAUGUCACUGAGAUCAGGGUGAAGCCCAGAUGUUUCCUGCUGCCCUGCCAAACCUUAUUGUCGGUCUGCCAUUCUUCAUGUAGAGUUGAUAUGAUCCGACUCUGUGAACACAACACAGCAGGCUGUUCGCUGCGUGGAUGGCGUAUUAUACACAUCACUGGCACUGAGGCAUGUCAGAUCUGUCUGAGCCUGAUGUUGGAUGUCAGUGAUUUCUUUGUUUUUUGCCCACAAAUGUGUUGGUCUUUUAAAUGACAUAACAUUUUCCCUCACACUGAAUUUUGGAUUAACCUUAAGGUCACGUCCUGUGAAAGGGCUUUUAUAAAGCACUGACAUAAAACACUGACAUGGAAAUGUUCUCUUUGAGAGACUGAGGAGUUAAUAAAAGUCUCUUCUACACCAAGAAACAGUCAUUAAACAUUAAAUUGAGGGACCGCAUCAAUGAAAUUAGAAGACUAUUUAAGAUUAAAAGGAAUUUGUCAAAAUCAGCAGACGUUUAAUUUUUAUGAUUUUGUGACUUGAUCUUUCAAUGUGCUUUAAGUGCAUUUUCUAAAGCCAGGGUUAUCAUAAUUGAGCUGUCACAAGUGUGCAGAAUGGCCCCAACACUGUUCUAGCGGUUGUUGCUGGGGGUGGAUGAGCGAUAAUGAAGGGAUGAAGAAUGCGUGUGCAGCGUCACGUCCCCAUCCUUUGAUUCCAAGGCCCGUCCUAUUCAGAUCCGCCUGGUUAAGGCGUGUUAAUAAAGACGCGUGAUGCAGUGGGUGCAAUCAAAGCCCCCUUCAGUUCAUUUCCUGAGUUCCCUGGCUUUCUAUCUCUUGUCAACAGAUUGACAAUGAAAAUGUUCCCCUCACGUUAUCCCUGGAUAUCAAAGCCUCUGACCUUUGCUGCUCGCAAAAAAGUGAUGUGGCUACGACGAUAUUUGCGUUUGCCUUAACCGCCUUUUGUGCUUCUUUAAUAAAGUUAUCAAGGAAGGAUAUUGUAAUGAUAAAAUACACAGCGUGGGCGCUACUUAGCAGCUCAAUCUCUUUUAUAGAGAGGUGGAAAGGUUUUGAAUCACCAAAUAAAUGAAUUCAAAUAUAAUGAUAUAAUAAUUAUAAAUUAAGAAUGAAUUAAUCUGUGUUUCAUAUUUGUUAGACAUCAGCCUAUGAGAGUUAUAUUUGCUUGCCUUGAUCUGGACGUCAUCAUUAGAGUGUAAAAGGCUUAUAUGAAGGCAAAUGAUUUCAUAAAAUAAAUUAGUAUCACAUAAGUAAAUUAAUUAAUAUAUUUUUGUUUUUUCAAGAAGUGCUGUGUUAAAAAACAUCCUUUAUAUUUUUCCUUGAAUUAUGUUUUAAGCUGCUUGUAUUGGUGAAUCUGUUACAUUUAGGGAUGCAAUACUGCCAUUGCCAUCACUUUAACUAAUUGUGUUUUUUACAUGAUCUGAUAUGACACCAGAAUAAACAGAACAUGCGGAACAUGUUCAGUGAUGCUC